UAUGAGCUACAUAUAUUCGUAGAGUCGUACAAAAUAAAUGUUGUGCUUUGUUGGCGAACCGUUUUCAUAACGAGCGUGAAUUCGGUAUUGUCAAAACCACUAUUCAGGGCAUCUCAAGUCAGAACCUCUUUUAAAAAUACAAAGUCGUUCAAAAAUACUGUUAGAACCGUCCACAAGUUCCACAGCACAACGGAACGCUAUCGAUUUCAUACAUUGAUUCGCGUCGUGUUGUCUCGAAGUGGGCACCCGUGGCCACCCCCAUUCUCGCGGGUCCUCGCCGUCGGCAGUACUGAAGCAACGGCAACCGCGCAAGGAUGGCCUGCGCGCGCGCACUGCUCGCAGUCGGCGUCGUCGCAAUACACGCAGUGUUAGCGGCGGACAAGCGGCAACCGAUCAAGGAGGCCCUGUUCCUGAACAGUGACCAAUUCGGCAACGCGACCUUUGAGGACUGCGUCUGGAGGCGGGAGCGCGAGCCCUGCCCCGACCCUGAUGUCAAGCUGCAUCUUUACACGGAGGCGGAGCCCACCAAGAGAGUGGUCGACUUGUUCAGCGAGGAUUGGCUGCGACAGAGCGGCUGGGAGCCGGCGCACGAGACUAUCCUGCUGAUCCACGGGUACGCGGGAGGCGACGACACGCUACCCAUCAGCGUGUUGCGAGACGCGUACCUCCGCCGCGGCGGCUACAACGUGUUCAUGCUGGACUGGGGCGCGCUGUGCCAGCCGCCGUGCUACGUGUCGGCCGUGCACAACCUGCGGCCAACGGCGCGCUGCGCGGCCGAGGCGCUGGGCUCUCUGCGCCGCGCAGGGCUCCGCCCCGACCGCCUCACGUGCGUGGGCCACAGCCUCGGCGCGCACAUGUGCGGCAUCAUCGCCAACUAUCUCACCUUCCGGCUCAAUAGGAUCAUUGGUCUGGACCCGGCGCGGCCGUUGAUCCGCUCGGCGCCGGCGCUGCGCCUGGACCCGGGCGACGCGCGCGCCGUGCACGUGCUGCACACCAACGCGGGCCGCUACGGCGAGGCGGCGCGCCUCGGACACGCAGACUUCUGCCUCAACGGCGGCCGCAGCCAGCCCUUCUGCGAGGAUACGCCCAACGAAGCGCUGUGCAGUCACAUCUGGUCCAUCUGCUACCAGGCGGAGAGUCUGUUCGUGCCGCGCGCGGCGGCGCCGUGCGGGCGGCGGUGCUCCGUGCGCGUGCCGCCGUCGCGGGCCUCGGCGCUGCCCGUGCUGCUGGGCCAGUCGGCGCCUAUGACCGCAUCUGGCGCAUACUGCGUAGAAGACUUCUCGCCGCCGUUUUGCCCGUCGAAGGCGGGCGAGGAGGGCGACGCCCGCUGCUGCCUCGACGCGCAGUACGAGGCGGCCGCCACCGCCGAGCCGCCGCGCAAGCGUCCGCGCCCGCUCGUCAGGCUCCGCGCCCGCAGAGUCAAGAACAUGGACGUCGACACCAGCGAGGUGCUAGACUAGCUUCUCACAACCUACAGUUAUAUCUACACAUAAUAAUAGUACAUUACGAUACAAGUGCGUAAAAAAGGAAGUUCGAAACGAGUGGCGAUAAAUUAAAACACGACUAGCAGGCCUAGCCUAGACAUGAUGG